AUGCCAUCAAUCGACGCCCUUGUGGUUGGAGCUGGAUUCGCCGGAAUCUACCAGCUCUAUAAGCUCCGGGAGCUUGGACUCUCAGUCAAGUUAAUCGACAAGGCUUCCGAUGUUGGAGGCACAUGGUAUUGGAACCGUUAUCCCGGCGCCAACAGUGAUUCUCUCAGUGAAGUAUACAGAUACAGCUGGGAUAAAGAGGAUCUAUUGACAUAUCCAUGGCCAAAUCACUAUGUAUCUCAGAAGGAGAUUUGGGAUUAUCUAAAGCAUGUGGUCAAGCGUCAUGAUUUGCGAAAGUACAUGCAGUUCAACACUGAAUUAGAGUCCGCAUCGUUCGACAGCUCUUCAUCUUUGUGGACUGCUCAAUUGUCCACUGGCGAGACCAUCCAGACCAGAUACUUGCUCACUGCCUUGGGAACUUGGUCCAAGGUGAACUAUCCGGUCAUUCCUGGAAUCGAGAAAUUUGCAGGCGAAAAAUAUCACACAGGAAAUUGGCCAAAAGAUUAUGACUUUAAAGGUAAACGAGUCGGUGUCAUCGGAAGUGGCUCAACAGGAGUCCAAGUUACGAUUGCCCUUGCCGAUGAAGUGAAGGAGCUCAUAUCCUUCCAACGCUCGCCCCAAUACAUCGUUCCCAACGGAGAUGGGCCCGUCUCAGCUGAAUUCAGAGACAACGUCAACAAGAAUUACGACGAGAUUUGGGACGGUGUUCGUAACAGCUACGCUGCCCACAAUGUGCCAGAGAGCACGAUACCGGCCAUGAGCGUCAGCGCGGAAGAGCGCGAACCUUUCUCCGACAUUGUGAUUAGCGAAGAGGCUAAUGAAGAAGCUUGCAAAUUUAUUCGAAAGAAGAUUUCUCAGAUCGUGGAGGAUCCUGUCAAGGCUCGAAAGCUGUCUCCUGAUGGAUAUUAUGCUAGACGGCCUAUUACUGCGCCCGCCUACUAUGAGACGUUCAACAAGAAGCAUGUGGAUAUUGUUGACCUGAGAGAGACACCCAUUACGGAAAUCACUGAGAAGGGUAUUCUCACUAAUGAGAAGCUGUACGAGCUGGACGUCAUCGUUUUUGCGACUGGCUUCGAGGUUGCCGAUGGAAAUUACACCACACUCACUAUCAAUGGUCGCCAGCAAUCUCUCAAGGAGCACUGGGCUGAAAAGACGACUUCUUAUUUGGGCGUGACCGAAGCAGGAUUCCCCAACAUGUUCUUGGUCGUAGGACCUCUGUCGCCAUUCAACAACUUCCCACCGACAAUCGAGACCCAGGUCGACUUUAUCACGGGAUUGAUAUCAAAGGCCGAGGCCAAGAGAAAAGAGGAGGCGUCAGAUAAGAUAGUCCUCAUUGAGGCUACCCAGCAAGCUGAGGAUGACUACGUGGAAGCGUGUCGCGUGCUUGGAACAAAGAAUCUCUUUAGAAAGGAGAAAUCGUAUAUUUUCGGCGCCAAUAUCGCAGGAAGGAAGCCGAACAUUCUUUUCUGGGUUGGAGGCCUGGUUCACUACAGAAAGGCUCUUCAGGACGUGGUGGAUGAUGGGUAUCGUGGAUUCACAUUUUCGUAUUAG